UAUACGUUUAUUAUUUUAUUAAUCUAUCCAAAUUCAGAUAUCGCGCUUCAAUCAAACACCACCGGAACCACCGAUGUUGCAUUCCGCACCCCACCUCCUCCUCUCCUCCUCAUCCGCCGUUCUCCUCCCUUCUUUCUCCCUCCUUCCGAAUAGCCGUUUCGUCAGAGUACCUAACAAACCCUACUCUCUUUCACAACAAUAUUCGACCAGGCCUCUUGCCCCAUUGCUAGCUCAACUCCCCGAUGCGGCCUCGCCUGAAGAAGGACCCAUCGAACUCCCCUUCUCUAUACCGUCAUUUAUCUCCACCGACGAUGACCCUACCACUCUCCAAGUCGCCACCAGCGUUCUCCUCACCGGCGCCGUCUCCAUCUUCCUCUUUCGCUCCCUCCGUCGCCGUGCAAAGCGCGCCAAAGAACUGAAAUUUAGGUCUACAGGAGUAGAAACUAAAAAGACUUUGAAGGAGGAGGCACUUGAGAGUUUAAAAGCAAUGACGCCGGUUGAGGCAAAUGCUCCUCCGUCGCCUCUUCAGGCGUUGCUGGGAGGUUUAUCUGCCGGAAUUAUUGCAAUUAUUCUUUAUAAAUUCACCACCACCAUUGAAGCUUCUCUGAAUCGUCAAACCAUUUCUGAUAAUUUUUCGGUCAGACAAAUCACUAUAACCAUAAGGACUAUUAUAAAUGGUAUAUGCUACCUUGCCACAUUUGUUUUUGGCAUCAACGCAGUAGGGUUAAUACUCUACUCGGGUCAACUCGGUCUCAACUCAAUAAUGGGAGAUUCUCCAAGUGAAAAAAUUCAGAACAAGGAAGAAACACAAUCAAACUCCAAUCAGACGGAAACAAACAUAAAUGAUGAAGAUCAAAGCAGGCAACAGUGAGAUAAUAGUAUUUGAAGUUUGUUUGUAGUUUCUGUGUAUACCAUAUUUUUCAUUAUUAUAUAUCAUUAAUCAUUAAUUUUGACAACGUUGGUAGCAUCAUAUAUUCUUUUCUUUUUUACCAUAGCAUUGUACUUAGAAGAAUUCGUCUAAUUAUAAGCAAUGUUAUUAGAAUCCAAGCGACUUUUAUAUAGAUUUUUCAAAAGUAGAAUGUCUUAAUAAGAAAAUUAAAAUGAAAGCAUAAUGUUAUAAUUGGGUGAAUCUUCUAAGGAAUCAUGCUAUAACGAGAAAAAAGAAUAUAGAAGCAUAAUGCUACAACGGAAAUAAAUGAAUGUAUAAUUGUAUAAUACACAAAUAAAUUCAAAUAUUUGUUAUUUCUUACAUCUAUCUCUACUUUUUUAACG